GAGAAUCCAGCGCGAUCUCAUCCACCCGAACAGGUGUGGAUACAGCUGGUUGCAUCUUCCGUAAUAAUGUGGCGUGGUGAUUUCGUCCACUGUCCAUCUCUUGGACAGCUGGGGAUAUUGAGGGACCAUGUCCUGGAAGUGGACAAGAAAGGCUUCAUGGUAUACAUCGGCCCUGCUAGCUCACCCGAAGCAGAGACUAGGCUCAAUAGCCGUGCGUCUGUCAACAGGAUUCCCCCAGGCACUUUCUUGCUGCCGACGUUUUACGAUCUACACCUCCAUGCACCGCAGUUCCUCUACCAAGGCACUGGGCUACAUCUAUCUCUGAUGGAGUGGUUGAACGCAUACGCCUUCAAGGCUGAGGAGAGGAUAGAUAGCAGCCCUAUACUCGCUCGACGGGUCUACACUCGACUAGCGAGACGUCUUGUCGAGCAUGGGACGGGUGCUGUCCUGCUCUUCGGUACAAUCAGAGAAGAUACGAAUCUUAUCCUUGCCGAGUGUAUGAAAGACGCAGGAAUUCGUGCUUUUGUAGGCAAACUCUCUAUGGACAAGAACUCUAGACCGACGUACGUCGAGAUGUCGGCAGAAAGAGCCCUCUCCGCGGCUGCCUCCUUCGUAGACAAAUGUCGCUCCCUAGAGAGCGCGAUGGACCCGCACGAGCGGCUGAUCGAACCCGUUCUUACGCCGCGCUUUGUCCCGACCUGCUCUGAAGAGCUACUUGUGGGAUUAGGCCGUCUCUCAGAAGAACGUGGUCUGCGAGUACAGAGUCAUAUGGCAGAGGCGUUGGAUCAAGUCGAAUGGGUGAGACAGGAACGCGGAUUAGAAGACAUCGAUGUUUUCGAGCAAAGCGGUCUACUGACUUCCCGCACGGUUCAAGCGCAUUGCACCUUCCUGGACCCACCGUCUUUUUUGCGCCUCGCGCAAAAAGGUACGGCCAUCGCGCAUUGCCCCCUCUCGAACGCCUACUUCUCGGCUGCUCCCUUCCGCCUGCGGGAGGCACUUAACAGUGGUGUCAAAGUUGGACUGGGUACCGACAUUGCUGGUGGCUAUGACAUUGAUAUCAUGUCAGCGAUGAGGCAUGCCGUGACAGUCUCCAGGAUACGAGAGGGUUCGAGGCACCUGGAAUGCGCAGCCAGUGGUGCAAGGCCAAACGAGCACAAGUCACUAUCCAUCGAUUGGAAAGAGUCUCUGUACUUGGCGACAGCCGGCGGAGCGGAUGCGUUAGGAUUAAGAGCAGGCACUGGUCAGUUCAUUGUAGGAGCCCCAUUCGAUGCCCAGUGCAUCAAGGUAGUCGAUGAAGAGACAGGAAGGGGUAUCGGAUCCUUGGACUUCCUGGACAACGAGAGCGCGGGAACAAGUGCGUGGUCGCUAUCUGAAGAGAUAGUGGAGAAAUGGUGGUGCUUGGGCGACUCGGGGAUAGCGAGUAUAUCUGACCAAUACACACCAUGUUCCAUACAUUCACGUCAUUGCCAUCUCUCGCGUCUCAGCUUCCAGCUUCUCCCAGCUGGGGAGCCCUACAAUAGCGGGCAAGUUUCGCCAUGACUCUUCCCGGAGGUCGCUCACUUCCUGGUUAAAUGCAGCAUGGCACGCUGCACAGACGUCCGGCAUGUCAAGUAGCUGGUCUUGCGCUUGCUUCAUGAAGUGGAACGGCCCAGUCCGCGGAAUCCACUGCCUUGAGAGCAAGUUUGACAGGCGGUGAAACGAUUUUGAGCAUUGCGAGGGACUCUUGCAGUCUGGGGGAGUCCUUCGCUCUGUAGCACAUGUCUUUCGGCAGAAGUCCAAGAGCAAUUGUAAGCGGUAUUGGAAGAUGAGGGUGUAGUCCUGCACAGUCUGCGUCGUGAUGUCUGAAGAAGGUCGCGAAGGGUGUUCGACUUGGAGCUUGGGAUGGUCACCUUUCAACAAGUCCGAGAGCGGAUAUAGAGAGAGGAAGUACAAUGCUGAUGGUAUGAGGAGGCGUGCGUCGGUCGAGCGGGCCAGGUUCAACACAUGCAGAGGAUGCACGAAGGGAUAGCUGAGGUCGUCGACCGGAAGUGUCUCGAGAGCUAGCUCAAGCAUUUCGUCGUGCCCUUUCAGCGUAUAUGACCAUGUCUUCGCGAGGUGCUGGAUGGCCUGUGUUCGGAGAUGAGCUAUGCAGUAUUUCGUUGACAUGCGCAAGAUCCCGGCGGCGUGAAAGAAAUUAGCAAUGCUCUUGUUCUGAAAGCUCAGAAAGACUCCGUCAUACAAUGCCUUGAUAAUAUUGCUUAACUCUACAGGUGCAUCAUACAUGUACA